AACAAUAAUUCGCACCACUGUAGGAUUCUCAAGCGCCUUACGAAUCGGCUCGAAGAGUCAUUCAAAAGAUUCAGUUCAAACGAAUAAUUCGUUGGCGAAUCGGACAUCACUAGAGGAGGGCAGAGAGAGAAAAAUCACAGCCACCAUCACAACAUGAUCAUCACCCCACAUCCCAAACACACUGGUUCAAAAAACAACAGUCUCGAGCAUUUCGGAACGAAUCUGAGAAGUGGUCUCGUCGUCGGUCUGUAAAAGGACCGUGUUUAUCACUGUUUUUAAGCCGUCAGGGAGUGGAUCUGUCUCGGACGCCAUCUUUAGCAAGCAGUAGCCCGGGAGAGUGAAGAGCUGCUGGGCCACCGUUAACCAGCACCGGGCUGGAGCAAUUUCUCCAGCUUGACGCUCCUGCUUGACAGCGAUCGAUAAGUUGCUGGGGACUGAUUUGGGGUCGGUAGGCGUGUUUCUGUCCACUGGGUUUGUUGUUGUUGUUGUGGUCGGAGGAGUUUUCUCGGGCUGGCUGCUCAUCCUGGCCUGUUGGGAGGGUUUUGGUCCGUAUGAGGCCACUGUCUUGCAGAUGAGCCAUCAGUGGGGGCUGUCGUGUCGCAGACCCAGAUAGUGACUGGCGGCUGCGGCUGCGGCCCAGGCCCUGCCCCCUCCCAGCAUGCCCAACGCUGUUCGUGCAGGGAGUCUGAAAGACCCCGAGAUCGCAGAUCUCUUUUUUAAAGAAGACCCCGAAAAACUCUUCUCAGACCUGAGGGAGAUCGGUCAUGGCAGCUUCGGCGCUGUAUAUUUUGCACGGGAUGUGCGGACCUCAGAGGUGGUGGCCAUCAAGAAAAUGUCAUAUAGUGGAAAACAGUCUAAUGAGAAAUGGCAGGAUAUAAUAAAGGAGGUGAAAUUCCUUCAGAGGAUAAAGCAUCCAAACAGCAUAGAGUAUAAAGGAUGCUACCUGCGAGAGCACACAGCAUGGCUGGUUAUGGAGUACUGUCUUGGGUCUGCCUCAGAUCUCCUCGAGGUACACAAAAAACCUUUACAAGAGAUGGAGAUAGCAGCGAUUACUCACGGUGCUUUGCAGGGGUUGGCGUACCUCCACUCCCACAACAUGAUUCACAGGGAUAUCAAGGCUGGGAACAUCCUGCUCACAGAGCCGGGACAGGUGAAGCUGGCAGAUUUCGGUUCUGCUUCUAUCGCUUCUCCUGCUAAUUCAUUUGUAGGGACUCCUUAUUGGAUGGCCCCAGAGGUGAUCCUGGCCAUGGAUGAGGGUCAGUAUGAUGGAAAGGUUGACAUCUGGUCUCUAGGAAUAACCUGUAUUGAAUUAGCUGAAAGGAAACCUCCGCUUUUCAACAUGAAUGCAAUGAGUGCCUUAUACCAUAUCGCGCAGAAUGAGAGUCCAUCCCUACAGUCCAGUGAAUGGACGGACUACUUCAGAAACUUUGUGGACUCCUGCUUACAGAAGUUGCCCCAGGACAGACCCAACUCUGAAGAACUGCUGAAACAUGCAUUUGUCCAGCGCGAACGGCCGGAGUCGGUGCUUAUUGACCUGAUCCAGCGCACCAAAGAUGCUGUGAGAGAGCUGGACAACCUGCAGUACCGCAAGAUGAAAAAGAUCCUCUUCCAGGAGGCCCACAAUGGCCCUGCGGCAGAGGUCCCAGACGACGAGGAGGAAGUGGAGCACAGUGCUGGCCGCACAGGCACAGUGAACAGUGUGGGUAGUAAUCAGUCCAUCCCUAGCAUGUCCAUCAGUGCGAGUUCACAGAGCAGCUCGGUUAACAGCCUGCCUGACGCCACAGACGCCACCGAUGACAACAAGAGCGAGGUGGACCUGAUGGAGAAAGACCAAACCAUCAUACCCAACAGCUCCAUGAUUCACGUCAAACCGGAGGAAGAAAGCUACCAGGAAGAAACCGAGGCUCAGAAACAGCCCACAGAGCCCCAGUCUCCCCCAGCACAGACACCACGGCGUCAGUACCGAAAUCGAGAGCACUUUGCCACCAUCCGCACAGCCUCCCUGGUGACGCGUCAGAUACAAGAACACGAGCAGGACUCUGAGGUGCGCGAGCAGAUGUCUGGCUACAAACGAAUGCGCAGACAGCACCAGAAACACCUUCUAGCCCUCGAGAACAAGCUGAAGGGUGAGAUGGACGAGCACAGACUCAAGCUAGACAAAGAACUGGAGAAUCAGAGGAACAGCUUUGCUGCCGAGAUGGACAAACUCAUCAAGAAGCACCAAGGCACCAUGGAGAAAGAUGCCAAGACUUUUACCAACGAUGAAAAGAAAUUUCUGCAGCACAUUCAGAGCCAGCAGAAGAAGGAGCUCAACAGCUUCCUGGAGUCUCAGAAACGCGAGUACAAACUACGCAAGGAACAGCUCAAAGAGGAGCUGAAUGAGAACCAGUCCACACCAAAGAAGGAGAAGCAGGAGUGGCUGUCCAAGCAGAAGGAGAACUUCCAGCACUUCCAGGCAGAGGAGGAGGCCAAUCUACUCCGCCAACAGCGGCAGUAUCUGGAGCUUGAGUGCCGCAGGUUCAAACGGCGCAUUCUCAUUGCACGUCACAACGUGGAGCAAGAUCUCAUGAGAGAGGAGCUGAACAAGCGUCAAACACAGAAGGAUCUAGAGCAUGCCAUGCUGCUCCGACACCAUGAGUCCAUGCAGGAGCUCGAGUUCAGGCACCUGAGCACUAUCCAGAAGAUGCGGGCAGAGCAGAUCCGCCUGCAGCAUCAAACUGAGCUCACCAACCAGCUGGAGUACAACAAGCGCAGGGAGAGGGAGCUCAGACGCAAACAUGUUAUGGAGGUCCGACAGCAGCCUAAGAGCCUCAAGUCCAAAGAGCUCCAGAUCAAGAAACAGUUCCAGGAUACAUGUAAGAUCCAGACCCGGCAGUACAAAGCCCUGCGAAACCACCUUCUGGAGAGCACGCCAAAACCCGAACACAAGACCAUGCUGAAGAGACUGAAGGAGGAGCAAACCAGGAAACUAGCCAUCCUCGCCGAGCAGUACGACCACACCAUCAACAACAUGCUCUCCACACAGGCUUUGCGCCUGGACGAGGCUCAGGAGGCGGAGUGUCAGGUGCUGCGAAUGCAGCUGCAGCAAGAGUUGGAGCUAUUGAAUGCGUAUCAGAGUAAGAUCAAGAUGCAGACGGACGCUCAGCAGGAGCGAGAGAGGAAGGAGCUGGAGCAGAGAGUGUCUCUCCGGAGGGCCCUGCUAGAGACCAAGAUAGAAGAGGAGAUGUUUACCUUGCAGAACGAGCGCACGGAGCGUAUCCGUAGCCUGCUGGAGCGCCAGGCCCGAGAGAUCGAGGCUUUCGACUCAGAGAGCAUGCGCUUGGGCUUUAGCAACAUGGUGUUGGCUAACAUCUCUCCUGAGGGCCUCAGCCACAGCUUCCCUGGGGCCCCGGCCAGUUGGAUCCCCCAUCAGCAUCACUCAGAUGGCUCUCAGGGGACACAGUGGGGCAGCAGCACUAGUUCAGGGGCCGGCCACCACUACCACUCCAAUCAGGGAGGACCACAGGCCCAGCAGGGCUGGGGCCAAGCCAUCCCAGGUGGUGGGCUUCCUCCGUGGGGCCACUCCUCCUCGGGCCCUCCAGGGGCCAUGCCAAAAAGCAGUGUGGGGAUGCGGAAUAGCCCCCAGGCGCUUAGGAGGACCACCUCAGCGGGGCGCACUGAGCAGGGCAUGAGUAGGAGCACCAGCAUCACAUCUCAGAUAUCCAACGGCUCACACCUGUCCUUUACAUAGACGCCAGUGCGUUUGUGCCAACCCUGCACACACAAACACACACAGGGUAGGGGAACGCACUGGCUCACACUAAAGACUGGCACAGAGAGCAGAGCUAACUGCACUCUUCUACCCACCUCCCUCUUUUCCCUCUCUUUCUCUCUCAUUUCACUUUCCUACAUGCAGAUGUGCAUGUCAACUAUAGUAAAUAUCACUCAGGUCAAAAGGUAUUCUAACUUUGCAUGAAGCUUGUUUGACAGCUAUGCAGAGCUAGAGUCAAAAACACUAGUCUGAUUUAAAGCUCACUUAAUGAGAUUCAUUUCAUACUAAUAUUAUAAAGAAAUAUAUUAAAAAAAUUACAUAUAUAUAAAAUAAAUGUUUAUUGAUUUAGCUUUAUUCCACUUAAUGUGUGGAUUCAUAAACCAAAAGGAUGUUGAAAGCAGAUGUUGGCCAUAAUUCUUAAUAUUUGCAUAUAAAUCCGUAAUGAUUAUAUAAGAAAACAGUCUAAGCUUUCAGCCUGCUGUCAUGCUCUUAGGAAAAACAAUUUAGGUUUUAAAAAAAUAAAGAAGAGAAGGAAGAGAGCUGUUGAUUUGAGUGAGUGUUUUCAUUCUUAGAUUUUUAAGUUGGACGAUUCAGUUGCAGAGAAGAUUUAAGUUUGUCUACAUCAAGUACUGAAUUUUUGCAGAAAAUAAUGUGGAUAAAAAUACAUAUUUCAUUAGUUUUGUUUUGACAAUACCUUACAGACCUUUUUGUCAUGUUUAGUCAGCAGGUAGAGGUCAAUGGGGCCGCGUUGCCCAAGCAGUGUGUUUUUGCAGAGUUUAGGGUUUUAAAUCGUGCAAGCAAGCACAAAUCUGUUCAUAUCUCCAUCAUAUUUUUUGUCUGUAGUUGCAUUAAGAAACCUAAUUAUGGCCAGACAACCGGUCUUCAGUGUUCUUAGCCUUUGAUACACCCUUCAUUUUAUUAGGUCAGCCAGCUUUCAUCUGGAUCAGGUGUCUAGAUACAUUUAGAUGUGGUGCUUUCGUGAUUAUUCAUCAUAUGUGAUGUUUUAGGUGUACAGUGCCAGUUUAAAGAUAUCAGAUAUAUGUUCAGUGCCUUGAAUGUGUUAAUGAUUUAAAUAUUAAGUAGAGACAUGCCAAGAUGAAUGUUCUUAUGUAGCUGAAAAAACACUCCCAAUUUUAGAGUCUAAACAUAUUCUACCAAUGUAAUGAAGGGACAGUAUUGGUCCAUUUAAGCUCUGGAUUAUGAAGACUUAUUGUGUGAAUAUAUUUGGUUGUACACCUAAAGAUGAGCUUAAUGUGACGCUAAAUACUUAUGUUAAUAAACUUUUAAAGGGUGCCUUUUAAUAGCUGCCAAGCAGAAGCACUUUAUGUAGUGUGUCAUGUUUCGAGGAAUAUUUUUUCAGCUAUGGAAAUGAUUAAUGCAGGUGUAAACUGUAGUGUGUGAUGGCGGAUGUCCAGUAUGUUAUCUGUUAUUCUUUUCAAAAGAUCUAUGUGGUAAUUUUAAGGAAGUGGUCGAUAUGAAUUCUUUGGCGGUUUUACUAGUAUUGUCAUGAUUUGUAAAUGCGUAAGGAAAUCAAUGCAGAACCUGUUUGAAUGUAUCCUGACCUUCGACAGGUUUAUGUUGUGUUUUUGGCACUCUAGGAAUGUAAUGAACUGUAGGGAUGAAUGACUUCAUUUUUUUUUUUUUUCCUCUGAAGGUCGUGACAGCAGGCUUUGUUAUGUGACACUUAAUAGGGGCAGGCAAACACUCUUGAUGGUCUCAUGACCUCCACACUAAAUAGCGCUGUUUCACACUCAUUCACUACCAGUCAAACAUUUGGACACAUCUACUGUUUUUAUAUUAUUACUGUUUUCCAUAUUUUAAAUAAUAGUAUAUUGAGUGUACAGUAUAUACACACUACCGUUCAAAAGUUUGGGAUCAGAUUUUUUUUAAAUGUUUUUGAAGUCUCUUAUGCUCAUCAAAGCUGCAAUUAUAGUGAAAUCAGUAAUAUUGUGAAAUGUUAAAACUGUUUUCUAUUUUAAUAUAUUUGAAAAUGUAAUUUAUUCCUGUGAUGGCAAAGCUGAAUUUUCAGCAUCUUUACUUCAGUCUUCAGUGUCACAUGAUCCUUCAGAAAUCAUUCUAAUGAGCUGUUUUGGUGCUUAAGAAACAUUUAUUUUUUCAAUGUUGAACACAGUUGUGCUGCUUAAUAUUUUUGUGAAAACCAUGAUACGUUUUUUUUAAGAUUAAUAAAUAGGAAGUUCAAAAGUACAGCAUUUAUUUGAAAUACAAGUCUUAUAUAACAUAUGUCUUUACUGUGACUUUUCAUCAAUUAAAUGUGUCCUAUUGCUCUUAAAUUCUUUGGGGAAAAAAUCUUUUGACCUCAAACUAUUGAAUGGAAGUGUAUAUUAGAGGAGAGUUGCAUUAUUUUAACUAAACAGCUGUUGCCAAGUAGAUUCAGAAUGUUUUAUGUAUUAAAGUUUUAGAAAACAGUAAAAAAAAUCCAUAUAGCAUUCCGUAUAGCAAUACACAGUAAUAAAUAAUUAUCUUUUACCUACGUUUAUGUUUACAAAGGCAUAGGAGAAAUGCGAUGCAGAGAUGUUUUUAUUUUGUGACGACUCGCUCGAUUGUGAGUUUAUAAUCAGUUCACUGAAAGUGAUUCACAGAAAUGAAUCAAACUUACAGACUCAAUCAUAUCUUAUCAAAUUACAUGGUCUUUAGGAAAGUUAAUGGCCAGAUUUUCUCAGCCAACUUCAUGAGGUGCAUCCUGUGAUUCUUUUUAAAUAGUAUUAAAAAAAGUUAACACUUGCAUUCAGUCAGGUGUCCAAACAAAUGUUUGACUGGUAGUGUCAGUGUACAAAAUACAUGUAUUUUAUUAAAUCAAUAGCUGCCCAAAAGAUUUAUUAGCCAAAAAAAAAAAAAAAAGAUAUUUACAUUUCCUCCCUCAUUUGUUGGCUGUUAUAAGUGACUGAAUAGGCAGGGAUCUUUUAACCCUUUAACCCUGUCCUCUGUGCCGCCGUACUGCAGGUGUCAGUGCCUAGUAUUGUGAGGAUAUGAGCUGUGCUGCCGAUGCCCCUGCCUGCCCUCACUCUCCCCCUCUGCUUUACAUGCCAUCACCCCACGCCAAGCUCCACCUGGAUCCAGCGUUUGAACGCACGGAUGCCUGAAUGCACUUUUUGGGGGGAAUUUUUCAAGCUAACUUUUUUCCCCACACGAGCAAGUUUGUCUAGUUGGUUUGCUUUACAUCACGUUGACUGCAGGAAUCACGUUGACUGACUCAUCCUUGUGAAAUUUUUACUCACAUUUUAACACUUCUGAUGGAGUACAAUGUUACCUCCCCGCCCUUCUGUUUCCAUUGUGCAAUCAUUGGUGAAGACAAAACUCUCCCGGCAGGACGUGUUCUUUCCUUAAUAUCCCCAAUGUCCCCAAAAGAUCGUGUGUGACUUCUGACCCCUAAACCCUUAUUACCAAAUGGAUCCAGCUCUAAUGUGAAAGAGCAAGUAUAAAGUGUACCUAACAAACUCCAGAGUCUAGGGAGAGUGUUCAUAUUGUAUAUUUGAUUCAAAAUAAAGAUUUAAAAUGCAUAGAAAUUAACUAAAUUGAUGGCGAUGUACGUUCCCCCCCCCCCCAUCAAGAUUUUGCGCUUAAAGUUUUAAAAGAGAAAUAUUAAGAAUUGUAAACUAUGUACCUUGUGCUUUUAAAGGGGUUAUUGGCCCGUGUACUAGGAGCCUCAGAGUUGAACUUCAGGGAGUAGUGUGUGUUUACAUGUCACCUCUGCACACUUUGUGUUUCCAUUAGUAUUUGAAAAUCACAGGAACGUUUCAGGUCCUCUGUAUUCUCGCCACCUUUAUUCUGAACCCUCCAUUCACGUGAAUGUCAGAAGGUGCAGCAUAAGAGCUAUGAAAGGCACAGAAAAGAGUUCUAAAAGGAUACAGACAAAUGUUUCUAGUUUUAUUCCUCACAUAGGUCAUUUUGAUAUUUUGUAACCAACACAAAUGAUCAGUUUUGUUUCGUUUUUUUUUAAUACCUUUUGGGUGAGGGCUGUUUGAAUUUGGUUGCCAUUACAUAUAAUUGUGGUUUUAUUUGUCAUACUUGCCACCGAUAUAGAUUACACAUUUUAUUUUUUAUUCUAUCCUAGUUUUAAACUUGUCCUACUGAUUUAAUUUAGGGGAUAUGUAAGUAAUACUGAUAUAUGAGAAAUACUAGAAUGAAAUGCAAACUUAUUUUCUAAAUAAUGGAGGUUCAAACCUCUGGUCAAACACUGUGCCAUCCCACAGCUGCCAAGCCCGGUCACUACUGCAUUCUCCUGUUGAAAGGCUAUGAAAGAGUGAUGGUUAUUUCAGUUCUGAUGGACCUGAACACUCCUAUCGCCAACACUACAAAGAAAUGAAACAGGGAGCGAUAGAGAGGGGCUGGUCUACGGGGAAGGGCUACAUUACUUGUAAAGAACAUCAGUAUUCAUUUGCUGUGGUCGAAAUGGCAUACUAACGUACUGCAUACUGAAAUCCUUUUAAAAGCAGCAUGUUAGUAUGCCGUUUCUGCACGCACCCAUUGUCCUCUGGCUCAGCAUCACCACUAUAACUCAUAUGUAACCUGUAUCAAAAUGUAUAGAUUGUGUAUCAUGUUAUUGAAUGUCUAAAAAGAUUAUACAAAAAGUUUAAAAAUACAGAAUAAAUGGCUUGAAAUUGUAUUAAAGUAUUCAUGAAUCAGAAAACAAAAGUCUAGGGAUAAAUGAACUAUUUUUUUCUGUUCUGUAAUUACUGUUGUGUUGAUGGAGGAACACUGGUCAGAGGAUCCGCUGUAAUAAAAAUAAAUUUAGUACAACAUUA